AUGCCACCUCCACCGGUCCCUUCGUUCGACUACUACGCCGAGCUUGAGGUGUCCAGCUCGGCCUCCAUCCAGGACAUCACCGCCUCGUACCGUCGACUAGCCCGUAUCCACCACCCCGACAAGAACCCUGGCAAGCAGGACACGGCCACACUGAAGUUCCAGAGAAUCCAGCUGGCCUACGAGACCCUCUCUAAUACCGCGGGCCGUAAACGCUACGACUCAGCGCCCAAGCCCGGCAGAACAUGUACCUGCGGGAGACACACCUACGACGACGAAGAUGACGAAGAGGACUACGACUACGAUGAGUGGGAAAGUGAAUAUGAUGACGAAGACGAGUACUACUACGACUUUGCCUAUGGUGGCCCCGGCGUCCCCGGACCUCGCUACAGCAGCGGAUAUAGCCAUGGCGGCUUCAGCUUUGGCGGCUCGCGCUUCCGCAACUAUGAGGACAUGGAGAAAUACUUCCAGGAGAUGGAGCGGCGGGAGACUGAGCGCUUGAAAGAGCUGCACGAGGAGCGCCGCCGUCGCGAGGAGGCUGAGGCUGCACGGAAAAAGGCCAAAGAAGAUGCCAAGCGUGCCGAGGAGGAAUUUAAAGUGCAGCAGAAGGAAUCACGGCAAAGCGAGGAGAGACGAUUGCAAGAGGAGCGGUGGCUCAAGGCUGAGGCCACCACUCAGGACGAGAAGCUGCGCGCUUGCCUGCAUUCGGAUUUCUGCAAUAAGGUUCCCCAGAGAAAGAAAUUCAAGUGUACGGCCUGCGCAAAGAAGGGAGGAAUGACGGCAUUUGAGUGCCCGUACUGCUCCAGCUUUCUAUGUCAGCAGUGUGUGACCAAGUUUUCGGAGAGGAGACUAAAGGGAGAGGAAGUGAAGCCUAGAGUGCAGCCGGCUGGCGAAUCCGAUCCUGAACAAGAUCGGGAGGAAGACGAGCGGGAGCCUGGGCAGACAGGUGAGCCAGGUUCGAGCGUCAAUGGUUCAACCUCACCACCGGCAGACAACCAUCCACAAGACAGGCAGCCAACCAAUGGCCCGACUACUGAUGGCUUACGAGACAUCGAAGAGAAGUAUGGUGGUCUGAAUGGCCAAACAUCUAAGAAGGCCAAGAACAAGAAGAAAAAGCAAGCAAAGAAAGACACUUCGCCGAAUUUAGAUCCUCCGGGGGAACCAGAACCACCGAUCGCCAAAGUCAAGCAGGCGAAUGGCAUCCCGGGAUCAAAGAGCGUAAAGGGUUCAGUACAGUCUAGACAAAAUACUCCCAUCCCAGCAGAGUUGAGCCCGACAACAUCAGGAUCAAUACCAACCGGACCGAGAAGCUACAAGACUACCAAGAAAGUGCCAGCGGCUUAUCCUCCUGCAGCUUCCCAUUCAACGAAGCCUUAUUCCCAUGUUAAUGACACGAGAAUCAGAGGGAAUCCACCGAGUUCAGUACCUGAGCGCCCAACGACCAUCUCCGGACUCCACCCUUUCCCUCCGCCGGCAGAGGAACCUCAAUACACUGCCGAUUUCUCCGAUGAUGAGUCCUAUCGCAAUGGGGAGUACAGUGGCCCUCCAUCCCCUUCCAGUUCCUCCCAUACCCGCCGGGGCCACUCAUCCAUGCAUGCCAAUGGCACUACUCCUCCACCAUAUCCAUCUAGGACCUGUUACAUCUGCGGUCAGCUCGGGCACCUUGCUCGCUUCUGUCAGCAGCCACGAGUCUGCUCCAACUGCGGCAAAAGUGGUCACAUAUUCAAGCACUGCGGCAAACCCAAUAGGGAGCACUCUAGACCGACCGUCAGCGCGCUCCCUGUAUUACCUAGACCUGAUCCAUAUGCAGCUUUUCAGCAGCAAGAAGAACUAGGCCCGACGCGCGUCGCCAUCAGGGGUGCCACAUUGGCGAGAGGCAUCACCGGGCCGCUACUUCGGCAAGCUAUGGAGUCAUUCGGCACCGUCACGGACGUCCAGAUUGACAGAAAGGCUGGCAUCGCCUGGGCGGACUUUGUCGAGUACAAGGUCUCGCGGAACGUUCUCGCAGCGAGCCCUGUGCCGGUCGCGAACGGCGCUGUCAGAAUAAGCGAGUGGUCAGACGAUCUAAUGAAGUAUAAAUAUUAA